AUAUCUUCAUUAAACAUGGAAGCUAUGGAGUCAAAUUAUCCUAUUCUUAUCUUGCAAAUGAAUGUCUCAAUAUUUUUUUCUCCUGUCUCAAAUAGUUGCAAGAUCAUAAACACCACCCAGAAGGGAUGGUAUUGCAUUUCUAGUGUGUUUUACCUUAAUAGGUUGGAUGACAGGGUGCAGUUUGAAGGAGCUAGUGACCCUGAUCAAGUCUCAUUAAAAGCAGACACUGACAUCUUGCAGAAUGCCCUAGCGGAAAAUGACACACCCUAUUACGAUGUAUCCAGAAAUGCCAGGCAUGCUGAUGGAGUUUUCACUAGUGACUACAGUAGACUUCUGGGUCAGAUUUCUGCCAAAAAAUACCUUGAGUCACUCAUUGGAAAACGAAUCAGCAGUAACAUCUCAGAAGACCCUGUGCCAAUCAAACGACACUCGGAUGCAGUCUUCACAGAUAACUACACCCGCCUUAGGAAGCAAAUGGCUGUAAAGAAAUAUUUGAACUCCAUUCUGAAUGGAAAGAGGAGCAGUGAGGGAGACUCUCCGGACUUCCCUGAAGAGCUAGAAAUAUGAUGACUAGGCUCCUCUGAGCAGAACUGAAAGUCAGAGAAUCCUUGAAGGAAAACAACCGAGUGGUUACAUUAUGAGUUCUACAUAUCUAAUUCAAGAAAACAGCUUCCAUAGCAAAACCAAAUAAAGUGUGUUGUGAA